AUCAUGAUGAGAAUUGAUGAUCGGACACGCUGAUUUCAUUGUCUGAGGAGGCAGUGGAGACCCAGGAAAAAUCUUGCUGAAUUCUCCGGGCCCAACAGUGGCUUGAUCUGGGAUCCUCUGAUCCCUCCCGUGACCUCACCACACCCGAGAUGAAUCUACGUUCUGUAUUUACUGUAGAGCAACAAAGGAUUUUGCAGCGUUAUUAUGAAAAUGGAAUGACAAAUCAAAGUAAAAAUUGCUUUCAGCUCAUAUUACAGUGUGCACAGGAGACUAAGCUGGACUUCAGUGUAGUCAGGACGUGGGUUGGCAAUAAGAGAAGAAAAAUGAGCAGUAAAAGUUCUGAAUCAGGAGCAGCAACAACAGGAACUGUUUCCAGUACCCCAUUGGCAGCUCCAGAUAUUACAGUAAGAAAUGUGGUUAAUAUUGCUCGACCCUCAAGCCAACAGUCUUCUUGGUCAUCUGCCAAUAAUGAUGUCAUUGUAACUGGAAUAUACAGUCCAGCCGGUUCGUUAAGUAAGCAAGGGACAACCAAACAUACAAAUACACAAAUUACAGAAGCACAAAAAAUCCCCAUCCAGAAAACAGCCAGUAAAAAUGAUGCUGAGUUUCAGCUGCACAUUCCUGUUCAAAGACAAGUAGCACACUGUAAAAAUGCCUCUCUGCUCUUAGGUGAAAAAACAAUUAUUUUGUCAAGACAGACAAGUGUUCUAAAUGCUGGAAAUUCAGUAUACACCAAGAAAAACUAUGGAAGCUCUUCAGUGCAAGGCCCUGAGAUUACGGUACCUCAAAAGCCAUCUGUGUGCCACCGACCUUGCAAAAUUGAACCAGCUGGAAUUCAAAGGCCAUAUAAGCCUGAACACACAGGUCUAGCAUCACAUAAUUUAAGCGGGCAAAAGCCACCUGUUAGAGAUCCUUACUGUAGAACGCAAAACUUGGAAAUCCGUGAAGUAUUUUCUUUGGCAGUCAGUGAUUACCCCCAGAGAAUUCUGGGAGGAAAUACCCCACAGAAGUCUGGUUCAGCAGAGGGAACUUGUUUUUCCAUUGCAAUGGAGACUGGAGAUGCUGAUGAUGAGUAUGCCAGAGAGGAAGAGUUGGCAUUGAUGGGAGCACAGGUACCAGGCUACUCAAGAUUUUAUGAAAGUUGCAGUUCCCUUCGAGGUGAGAACCAAAGUACAGCUUUGCCAGGACCAGGAAGAAACAUGCCAAAUUCACAAAUGAUGAAUAUUAGAGACUUCUCAGACAAUGUACUGUAUCAAAACAGAGACUACCAUUUGAUACCACGGACCUCAUUACAUACAGCAUCUACUACGAUUUACAGUAAUACAAAUCCAUCACGGAGUAAUUUUUCUUCACAUUUUGCAUCAUCAAACCAAUUGAGGUUAUCACAAAACCAAAAUAAUUAUCAGAUUUCAGGAAACCUUACUGUGCCUUGGAUUACAGGGUGUUCUAGAAAAAGAGCACUACAAGACCGCACUCAAUUCAGUGACAGAGACUUAGCCACCCUUAAGAAAUACUGGGACAACGGCAUGACCAGCCUUGGCUCAAUCUGUAGAGAGAAAAUUGAAGCAGUUGCAACUGAAUUAAAUGUUGACUGUGAAAUAGUUCGGACUUGGAUUGGGAAUCGAAGGAGGAAAUAUCGUUUAAUGGGGAUUGAAGUUCCACCUCCAAGAGGAGGUCCUGCUGACUUUUCUGAGCAGCCAGAGUCUGGUUCUUUGUCUGCACUCACAACAGGAGAGGAAGCUGGCCCUGAAGUAGAAGAGGAUAAUGACAGAAAUGAUGAAAUAUCCAUCUGCUUGUCUGAAGGAAGCUCUCAAGAAGAAUCCAGUGAAGUUGUUCCUAGUGAAAGAAGGGCUGGUAAGGAGGAGGACCACCAUGCAGUAUCUGAAGAUAAUGUGAAAAUAGAAAUUAUUGAUGAUGAAGAAAGUGACAUGAUGAGUAAUUCUGAAGUAGAGCAAGUGAAUUCUUUCUUGGAUUAUAAGAAUAAAGAAGUCAGAUUCAUUGAACAUGAGCUAGAGAUUCAAAAGCAAAAGUACUUUAAACUUCAGACAUUUGUUAGAAGCUUGAUACUAGCUAUGAAAGCUGAGGAUAAAGAACAACAACAGGCACUGCUGUCAGAUUUACCUCCUGAAUUAGAAGAGAUGGAUUUCAAUCAUGCCUCACCGGAGCCUGAUGAUACCUCAUUCAGUGUGUCUUCUUUAUCAGAGAAAAAUGCCUCAGACAGUGUGUGAUUUGGUGGGGCAGGUGUAUGAUACAGCCGUUAGGCUGCCUAAUAGGUGUGCUUUCCAAGAUAACUGCAUUCUGUUUCCCUGAUAUUCUUCAGUUGCAAAAAUAUAUUAUUGAAACCAUCGUAUUAUGAAGAAUAGGUAAGAUAUAAUGGCUACAGUUCAAAAAAUGUGUGAAAUUUAAAUAUUGAAGUUUUUGAAGUUUUCUCAAACUGAUAAAAAUCUGAACAAAUAACUUUAAUUCGGAGCAAAUUAACUAUGAAAUGCAUAAUGUCUCAUUUUUUGAAUUUUUUGUUUAGUUUUAUAGAAGAAUCUUAGUUUUAAUAAUAGUUUUGGACAGAGACACAAAAGUUUUUCAACAUUGCUUAUCAAGUUGCUUACUGAAGCUUGGUUAUUGUUUUUGUCGCCAUCAUAUCUUCUUUCUUUCCCUUUUUUUCCUAACAUACACUUUUACUCAGGAAAGUGGACUGAAAAUUGAAACAAAACUUUGAAAGUGAUUUAACCUGGAAGAGUCUUCAGAUUUAUUUUUCAAACUACGAGAAUUUGACUGAAGCUAAUGAUUGAAAAUGGAAGUGAUUACUAGUAUAUAAUUGUAAAUUAUUGGUAGUCUUCAUUAACUAACCCAAAUAUUUGGGGGGAGGGGGGAAAGCACUAUGGAAAAACAAUUCACCAACUUGAAGUUAAAUAAAUUAAGUGUACAGAAACAAAAUGUCAAAAAGAUUAGUCUUAAUGGGAAUUCUUCAUUGCUGCAAAUGACAAAUAUUGAUAAGAUUCACAUUCUACUAGUAAAAUUGUGUAACUGAGUUAGAUGAAAUGUUGCACAAAUAUUAGAAGUUUAUCACCAUCUUCAUAAUGUUUUUUUUUUUUUUUUUACUUUUUACAUUUCAUGAAACAACCAGUCAAGGUAAUCCACUAAGAUUUUUUUUUUUUAAUCUAGUCAUUCAGCUUUGCCACAGGUUUUACUUCAUUUCCAUGUGAGGCUUGUACAGAGUCAUCAGCCAAGGAUAAUAUCCAAAAAGAGUUAUACAACUUUGGUGGUAAAUCACAGUCCUCUGGAUUUCCUGGUUACUAUUGUAUGGGCAUGCUACCCAGUCAUUCUAUUAGCAGGUACCAGGUGGCAACACAAUGUAGACAAUUCUUUGCAGACUUUCCCUUCCCAGUACUAGAUGGCAUUACCAGGGCCCAUAAAAAGGAAAAUGCCAGUUUCUCCCUGACAAUACAGUAUCAUAUAUUUUGGGGUUGGGAGUGUGGAAUCAUGUUGUGCAGUUAAAUUACUAUCUAUAUAUUUAAAAAGUUAAUGAAGUAUAUUUUCCAUACAAGUUGUAAAAAACAACUGUAAACCUACCUUUGUCCCACCCUGUAUUGUAAUAACUAUAUAUGGUGUCAGGUGGGUACGAGAAUUAUCAGGAGUAUCACUUCUUAAGUUAUACUUGUCUAACUUAUGUUGUACACCUGAAACUAUUAUAAAGUAAUAUUGAAUGUUAACUGUAAUUGAAACAUAAAAAAAAAAAUAAAGAAAAAAUUCAACAAUGUAAAAAAAAAGUUAAUGAAGUAGCUUAGAUUGCUCUUUUGGCCAUCAAGUUUCUAUGUCAGAUAUUUUUGUAAUUUUUUAAAAGAUUUAUUUAUUUUUAGAUGCAGGGGAACAGAGGGAGAAAGAG